GCGCGGCAUGGAGCGCUCAAGCAAGAUGGAGUUCUUCCAGAAGCUGGGCUAUAGCCCGGAGGAUGUGGUCAGGGUGCUGGGCAAAAUGGGUGAGGGCGCCCUGGUCAAUGACGUGCUGCAGGAGCUGAUCCAGACCGGCAGCCGCCCGGGGGCCCAUGAGGGCAGCGCGGCGCCCCUGCUCAUCCCCAGGGGCUCCUGCGCCACCCCAGACUCUGCCCUGCGCAGGCCGGCGGCAGAGCUGGAAGAGGAUUGCGGAGACCCAGCCAGUUCCUUGCGACCCAUAGUGAUCGACGGCAGCAACGUGGCAAUGAGCCAUGGAAAUAAAGAAGCCUUCUCGUGCCGGGGAAUCCAGCUGGCUGUGGACUGGUUCAGGGACAGAGGACACACCUACAUCAAAGUUUUUGUCCCCUCCUGGAGGAAAGACCCACCAAGAUCCGACACCCCUAUUAGAGGUAGGCUGGAGCGGAGGUAUGCUCAGGAAGUUCUAUACACCUUUUCUUGGUAG